AUGAGCGACUGGGAAAACGACGAGGAAGUCCAGCAGAAGCCCAUGCCAUUCGUGGGCCGCCGCCGCUUUGAGGAUGAGGAUGUUGAGGAAGAUGAUAUUAAGGAUGACUGGGAGGAAGAAGAUGAGGAGCCAGCGCCGAAGCCUGUCGCGGCACCGGAGCCAAAGAAGCGCCUCUCAGUGAAACAGAAGAUUGCGGAGAAGGAGGCUAUGCGCCAACAGAACUCGGGCAACGACUUUGACGACUGGGACUUGGGCGGCGAGGAAGAAGAAGACCAGGAUGAGCGUCGUCGCCGGGAAAAGGAAGCACAGAUGCGCUCGGAUUUGGCGAAUGCGGAGGCAUUGCUGGGCAGCACGACGUUGGAUGACAAGAAGAAGCAGCUCGCGUCUGACGCUGCCUCGUCAUCGCUCGCUAAUGCCAAGCCUAGCAGCAAGGAGGAAUGGGAUGCCUUUGCGAAGGAUCUUUACUCGACACUGAUCCAGCCCAAGUCGAGCCGUCCUGGCUUCGAUAAGCACUUCUUCCCGGCACUUCUUACGCUCCUUACGACCCACGGCCUGCGUGAUGUCGAUAUGCGCAAGGGAUCGACCAAGCUGCGUGAGCUGGCAGAGGCCAAAGUGAAGGCUGACAAAGAGGCCAAGAAGGCAGGCGGUAACAAGCGCGCUCCCGUCACAAAGCCGAAACAGGUCGGCACGGCCAGUGCUAAGAACACUAUCGACUUGAAGGCCUACGGCGACGAGGCAUUGGAUGAUGAUCUCGAGUUCAUGUAG